UAUCUAUGUUUCUUGAAGAAGUUUGCUUGUUACUCAACUGUGCUCUACCUUUGACCAUCUUAUAGUCAAAGUGUACCCUAUCUGUCAUAACAUAAGCAAAGACCGAUUCAAAAUAGUGAUGGAAGAGAUUUCAGAAAAUAAAGAUUUUUAAAAAGCUGAAUGUUAAGCUUUUCUAUUUCAUUCAGAGGGAUCAGAUGACUUAAGUGACUGAGUGAUUCAAAUUCUUCUUUCUUUAUUCAUGUUGAAGUAUAUUAGUUCAGAGUACUCAGGGUACAGUAAGGUCUUAGAAAUACUCAUCCUAGAAGUCGUGUGAUCACCAGCUUCUGAGUCAAUGUCUUCUGAGUCAAUGUCUUGCAUCAAAGUGAACAGAGGAACUUCUGUUUGUUUAUGCUCUGCCAACUGCACGUGUUCUCUGAGACUCCCGCAACAGCUAAUCGAACUGUAAAGCUCAUUUGACGUGAAGGGUAAAGCAAGGAACCAGGAAGUGAGUGGCAGUUGAAACCAGGCCACGAUUAUGUAAUGACUGACUGGGAUUUGCGGGCUUCACUACCAGCAUGAGGAGCACUUUAGUUGAUGCACAUCUUUUGGAUGCCUUCCACAGGCCGAUAAGCAGAAGAGAGCUGUCCAUCUUGAUUGAUCUUCAAUGGAAAGACCUUUUCUGCUGGUCUGAUCCCCUGGGAUAUUAGCGGUGGCGAGGACUCGCUGGAUCGGCUCCUCCCCCCGAUGAACACCCCGCGCAGGAAGAGCACGUCUCAGAGUAAGACGGAGCCUCCGUUCCUCCGCACCGGCACGCGCACCAUCUACACCGCCGGACGGCCACCAUGGUACGACGAGCACGGAGCCCAGUCCAAAGAGGCCUUCAUCAUCGGGCUGUGUGGGGGCAGUGCUUCAGGGAAGACCACAGUGGCCAACAAGAUCAUAGAAGAUCUGGAUGUACCCUGGGUAGUCCUGCUGUCUAUGGACUCCUUUUACAAGGUUUUGUCUCCAGCGGAGCAGACGUUGGCUGCCAGUAAUGACUAUAACUUUGACCACCCUGGGUCCUUUGACUUUGAGCUGCUGGUGACCACUCUGAGGAAACUCAAGCAGGGCAAGAGCGUCAAGAUCCCUGUGUACGACUUCACCACCCAUAGCCGCCAGAAGGACUGGAAAAACCUCUAUGGUGCCAGUGUCAUCAUCUUUGAAGGAAUCAUGUCCUUUGCUGAUAAGGAGCUUUUGCAGCUCAUGGACAUGAAGGUCUUUGUGGACACAGACUCGGACAUCCGUCUGGUACGGAGGCUCAGGAGGGACAUCAUGGAGCGUGGGCGGGACAUGGAGGGUGUUAUCAAACAGUACAAUAAGUUUGUAAAGCCAUCGUUUGAUCAGUACAUCGAGCCCACCAUGAGAUUGGCUGACAUUGUGGUGCCACGUGGUGGGGGAAACAACGUGGCCAUAGACCUCAUUGUCCAUCACAUUCACAGUCAACUGGAGGAGCGUGAACUCAGUGUCAGGGCAGUUCUGGCCUCGGCCCAGCAGACGCAGCCCCUGCCCCAGACCCUCAGUGUGCUGGAGAGCACCCCACAGGUGCGAGGCCUGCACACCAUCAUCAGAAAUAAGGAGACUAGUCGAGAUGAGUUUAUCUUCUACUCUAAAAGACUAAUGCGCCUUUUGAUAGAGCAUGCGCUGACCUUCUUGCCAUCUAAGCCUUGCACUGUGCAGACACCACAGGGCCCGGAGUACGAGGGGAGGAGCUUCCAUGGAAAAGGGAUAACAGGUGUGUCCAUUUUGCGAGCAGGGGAGACCAUGGAGCCUGCUCUUAGGGCCGUGUGCAAAGACGUCCGCAUCGGGAAGAUCCUCAUCCAGACCAACCUGGACUCAGGAGAACCAGAGCUUCACUACCUGCGCCUGCCCAAAGACAUCGGCGAGGAUCAUGUGAUUUUGAUGGACAGCACCGUUUCCACUGGAGCGGCGGCCAUGAUGGCUGUGCGUGUGUUGCUGGACCACGAUGUGCGGGAGGAGAACAUUCUCCUGGUGUCCCUGCUGAUGGCGGAGCUGGGAGUCCAUUCAGUGGCCUAUGCCUUCCCCUGUGUCAAAAUCAUCACCACCGCCGUUGACAAAAGUAUAGACAACCUUCUCCAGGUCAUCCCAGGAAUAGGGGACUUUGGGGACCGAUACUUUGGGACGGACGGCACAGCAAAGUGGAGUGAUGACGACGACCAGGAGACGCCCAGCUACUGAGCCGGCUGGUGGUGGUGUGCUUGCGGGGAGGGCUUGGCUGGCGGGGGGGCAGACAUUGGUAUUCUGUACAGAGCAGCCCCAGUGAAAGGCUGCACUUCUCCUCAGCCAGUACUACCUGCCUGACAGCUUGUCCUCACACACAGGAAGAGCACUGUCUUGCAAAUGAGACCACACCUCCACAAAUGCAUACCUUCUUAUAAUGAAUGUGUAUCUGUGAUGGAUGUUUUGAUGUCCUCAUUUUGCUUGUCCAAAAAGUGUGCAGGUUGUCUUGUAGAUAUCUAUAUUUCUGAGAGGGUGGGACUAUGAGGGUUUUUGUACCUAUGCAGUUGUUAUGAUCCCAGGUUUGGCCUGCAGCCAGUUUGUCAGAUUAAACCAAAGUGCAAGUCAUCGUUGACUAAUGAAUUGUACUCAAUAACAUAAUUAUUACUCUAUUCUCUGUAAUAUCACUCUUAAUAGUAUCUUAGUCACACUCAGAGUACUGACUCAAGCUGAUGAAAACCCAACCUGUUAAUACUUUGAAUAAAUAAAUAAUGAGAAACUC